CGUCGUCGCAGCGGUAACCAUGGCAACCGGGAGGACCCCCGAGUGAAUCGAAGCAGGCGGCGGAGUCCAGGCGUCGUCCCGAUCUCCCACCCACGGGCUUUGUCUCGCAAUUUCUCCCGAGGGAAGGCCGCCGGCGGCGGAGCGCCACGCGCGGUCGGCUUCCGAGCGCCGAUUGAUGAAGUGACGAGCGUCGGCGGCUGCGCGCGCAAGAGUCCCCCCCCGUCCCGCCCGCCCCCGCGACAUGGGCGGCCCUCGGCCUCCGCUGCUGCUCUGCGUGCUGCUGUGCGCGCACGCGGGCCUGUGCCAGCACUACCUGCGGCUGCGGCCGUCCCCCAGCGACCACCUGCCCGUGUCCGACCUCAAGGAGGACCCCGACCCGGACUACGACCCCCGCGAGCAGGACUUGUCCGAGAGGACUCUGAGGAAAAAGCUGGGCAGCCACUUCGACCCCAACUUCAUGUCGGUGGGCGCGCCGGCGGCGCCGGGCAACCGCUCGGCGGCGCCGGACGUCAAGCCGCAGGGGCCCGUGCCCAACGAGCUGAAGAGGCUGGAGCUGGGCGAGACCCCCUACGGCAAGCGCGUCAAGGUGGGCAAGAAGGCGCGCAGGAAAUUCCUGCAGUGGCUGUGGACGUACACGCACUGCCCCGUGGUGUACGCCUGGAAGGACUUGGGCCUGCGCUUCUGGCCGCGCUACAUCAAGGAGGGCAACUGCUUCUCGGAGCGCUCCUGCUCCUUCCCGGAGGGCAUGUCCUGCAAGCCCGUCAAGUCCGUCAACAAGAUCUUCUUGCGCUGGUACUGCCAAGGCUUUCUCAGGCAGAAGUACUGCACGUGGAUACAGGUGCAGUAUCCCAUCAUCUCCGAGUGCAAGUGUUCGUGCUGAGCCUGCGACGAGCCGGACGGACGCACGGACGGACGCACGGACACGCGCGUGUCCGUGCGCGGAGCGGACCGCUUCCCGUUGCGCUGUGAACUCUCGACGGAGGUGGGCACCAGAGCAAAUCUAUUUUUUUAUCUGCCGUUUUCAAAAGUCAAAUGCCGACAGUGUACAUAUUUAAGAGGAAUGCGGCGACUUUGAUUUCCCCCCCCCCCCCAUUUGAACCAGGACCAUAUUUUAUUGUCGUUUUGGAUAGAAGGGGGCGGGGGUUGCAGCACCUCAUAUGGAAGA